AUGACAGCCGAUAUUGAGAGAGCAAGUCCCAAGUUUCAGAAGCUCCCAUGGCUCCUUGAAUAUCGGUCCUCUGACUGGUUCAUUCUCACUACAGUGUGCUGUGCCAUAUUCACUGAUGCCUUCCUUUAUGGUGUUGUGGUUCCCGUUCUUCCAUUCAGUCUACAAGAGAGAUCAAGUGUGCCGGAGGAAGAAGUCCAAUGGUGGACGUCUUUCAUAUUCGCUAUCUUCGGUGCUGCUAUUAUAAUUGGGUCUCCAGUUUGUGGAUGGCUCGCAGAUCAUACUACCGAUAGAUCCAUUACUUACUUCGUUGGGCUAUUCAUCCUAGCGGCUGCAACUCUUCUUUUUGGAUUGGCGAAGAAAGCAUGGCUUCUUGUCGUUAGCAGAAUGUUCCAAGGGUUCUCGGCUGCGAUAGUAUACACCGUUGGGCUCGCACUAUUGGUUGAUACUGUUGGGAGUGAAAAUAUUGGACAGUGGAUGGGCACAGCUUUAUCAUGUUCCAGUGUCGGUCUCAUUAUCUCACCUUUGCUUGGUGGUAUUGUCUAUGACAAGGCCGGCUAUAUGGCUGUGUUUGGUAUGGCUGCUGGACUCAUCAUUAUUGAUGUCCUACUGCGCAUGUUGAUGAUCGAGAAACGGACAGCCGAAAGAUACCGGAACAUUCAUACCUCCCCUGCUGAACCUGAGGGGCAAAGCAACAGCCCAGAGAGCAUUAACAGCUGGGCUGAGCCUUUGAAUACUCCGGAACCUACACCUCCUGGAUUUGGUAUACCCAACUACGAUGAAUCUAGCGCUCUUCUCCCAAAGAAGGCUCAAAACAGCAACCGAGACUCCAAAGCCUGGAGCCUUCCACCAGUCAUUACCUUGCUCGGUUCGCCACGAGUUGGUGCGGCCAUAUACGGCAUUUUUGUUAACGUUUCGAUUCUCGCCACAUUUGACAGCGUUCUCGCAUUGUUCGUCAAGGAAACCUUCCACUGGAGUUCUCUGGCAGCCGGGCUCAUAUUUCUGUGCUUAGCCGUACCUGGACUUGCAGGUCCACUCGUCGGUACGCUUUCCGACAAUCUAGGUCCUCGUUGGAUUGCCGUUGUUGGAUGUACCUUGACAGCAGUGCCAUUGAUACUUUUGCGACUUGUCGAUAAUGACACUACCGGGCAGAAAAUUUUGCUAUGCGUCCUAUUGUCUAUAUGCGGUUGUACACUCAUUCUCAUCGUAGCACCUGUUGCCGCCGAUCUUUCUCUAGUCGUAGGAGAAAUCGAAAUCGAAAAUCCGGGCAAAUUUGGUCCUGGCGGGGCUUAUGCACAGGCUUACGCUCUGUUCAAUUGUUCUAUGGCUGCCGCUACCAUAUUUGGCCCAGUAUUUGCAGGCGCGUUGAUUACACAAUAUGGUUGGAAGACUAUGAGUCUAGCUAUGGGUAUAUUUUCUCUCACUGGGGCAAUUCCAUGUUUAUUUUUCACUGGCGGGCAGCUAUCUCGAAAGGAGUCAAAAAGCGCAACCGUCAACCUAGAAUAG